AUGUCCGCUAAAGUUGUUGUUGUAGCAGGCGGCCUUGGUGAUCUGGGCAAGCUCAUCACCGAGGCCAUUCAAGACACUGGCAAGUAUGAGGUCCAUGUCAUGUCUCGAAAGGAUGCUUCCUCAUCGGUCCAGCUUCGUGCUCCCAUUAUCCAGACCGAUUACAGUUCCGAGGAAGCAGUGGCCGAGCUUCUCAUCCAGCACAACUGCCACACCGUCAUCUGUGCUCUUGGCCUGGAUUUCCAAGCCGCCAGCGACGCGCAGCUCACGCUGAUCCAGGCCGCCGAACGGGCUCCCUGCGUCAAGCGCUUCAUCCCGUCCGAGUUCAACGUCGACUACGACCUCCCCGACCACGUGCUUCCCUACCCGGACAAGCGCUUCCACACAGCCGCCCGACGCGCGCUCGAGAAGACGACGAGCCUCGAAUUCACCUACAUCUACCCGGGCAUGUUCAUGGACUACUUUGGCAUGCCCAGCAGCAGCGUCUCCUCCACGCAUCUCCGGGAGCUGUGCCUGUUUGUCGACGCGACCAACGGCGUCGCGCUGCUGCCGGGGGACGGCAAGACCAAAAUGGCCGCGUCUUACACCAAGGAUGUCGCGCGGUACACGGCCCUCGCCCUCGGGCUGGACAAGUGGCCGCUGGUCAUGACGACGGCGUCGAGCGCGCUCACGCUGAAUGAGCUGGUCGGCAUGGUCAGCGAGAGGCUGGGCCGGGACCUCGACGUGGAGUACCAGGACGUGUCGGCAUUGCAGAAGCGCAUGGACAGCAGGAUCCUGCCCCGAAACGUGGCCAUUGCGGAGCAUUUCCCGGGUGGCGUCGAGCAGCUGAGCGCGCUGCUGGCAGAGCUCGGGGCCUCUGUCGCUCUCGGUGCGUACGACUUUUCCAAGCUAAAGGGAGAGCUGAAUCUUGUCGAGUAUUUUUCCGGUAAAACUACACCGCCCAUGACGAUUGAGAAGCUGCUGGAUGUAGCAUGGGGAGGAAAAAAAGUCGGCAGCAAUGGCGAAGCGCUCAGUGUGCACAAGUAG